AUGCCUCUCGGCGUCAAAGCAUCUGCUGGGGCCCCCAAGCGAAGGCACGGCGGCGGUCGCGGAGGACUCAGUGCGGGGCGUUCGCAAGAGGCCAUGGCCAACCCGCUGUACUUCAAGACCACGCUCUGCAAGUUCUUCGUGCUCGGCGCCUGCGCCAGGAACGAGGACUGCAAGUUCGCGCACGGCCAGGACGAGCUCUCGGCGCUCCCGGACUUCACGAGGACGCGGCUCUGCCCCUCCGUUCUCGCCUCCCGCGCCUGCCAGGCCCGCGGCUGCGCCUUCGCGCACUCCCUGGCCGAACUCCGCCCGCGCGUCGACGGGCACCACGGCGGAACCGAGCAGGCGCCCGACGCCCCCGCGCCCCGUACGAGCUCGCGCCCGCCCAGCCCCGUGCAGGGUGCCGAGCGCACGGCGCAGCGGCGCUCGGGGCCCCUCCCCGCGCCGCUCCGUGCGCCGCCCCGGGCGCCGCCCAGGGCGCCGCAGCGCAGUCGGGCCCACAACGGCCCGCGCGCCUGCGGCGGCCCGCCGAGCGCCGAGGCGCCGGCGCCGUGGCAGGCCGGGGCGCAGGCUCAGGCGCUGCUCAUCACGGAGCACACGAGCGGGCUCUGGCUCUCGGACGGGGCGAUGCCGGCCGCGGACGCGGGUGCGGGCAAGGGCGACCGCGCCGAGCCUCCGAGCACGCCGCCGAGCGGGCACACCGCGGGGGGCUGGUCGUGCGCCCGUGCGUCCAGGGGGCAGCUGUGCGAGGGCACGAGGCUGGGCGUGGAGUGCCAAGGCGAGGCAGUCCCUGGCCCAAAAUGGAGGCUGGAGGUGAGGAACACCUUCAUCACGAUCGUCUUCCUCGGCGCGCCAGGGAGUUGCCGACCCUUCGGCCGUGCCCUCUCCUCCCCGGCGGCGCCGCGCCGUCGCUGA